AUGGACCAUGAGGAUGUCCUGACCGGUGUCGGGGCUGCCGGCUCAGCCUUAUCUCUUAUACUGGUCGGCAUUCGCUUCUAUGCUCGGCAUAUGAGCCGGUCAGGUAUAGGCUGGGAUGAUUGGCUUAUUUUACUGUCAUUUUUCUCCCUGAUCGCGGCCGAUACUCUCAUCAUCGUUGCAAAUUCGGUAAACCCAGAAGGAGCAGAUAUCGCUUCAAAUAAAGAUCCGACAUACGAGUAUACGGAAAAGGACAUCGAGUACACGAAGCUGAAUUACAUUGCGACGAUCAUAUACUACACCAUCGUCUCGUCGACGAAACUCUCCAUCAUCCUGAUGUACAACCGCCUCUUCUCCGUUAGCACCGCCUUUCGUUACCAAGUCAUUUUCAUGUGCUUGUUAACAGGCGCAUUCUGGAUUGCGACAACGAUAACGAAUAUCUUGAGUUGUAUUCCGAUGAAGUACACAUGGAUCAACGCUGACGAGGACCCUCGAUACUGUAUAAACUACAAUCUGUAUUGGCUCGGAUCUGGUAUAGCGGAAUCUGUCAUCGACUUUCUCAUCAUCAUUAUGCCUGUCAGGGUCGUUUACAGAUUGCGCAUGAGUCGAGGAAGGAAAAUCGCCGUCGUUGCCGUGUUUCUUCUAGGGGUUUUCGUCAUCAUGUCAGGAGUGGUCAAAGUGAUUUUGAGUUACAUCCCUGGGAGUCGCAACCCCGACUUCAGCCUGACCGCACUAUGGACAACAGUUCAUGUCUGCACAGGAAUCAUCUGCGCGUGCCUUCCGGUCUGCUGGCCGGUAUUUGUCCGGAUGUCAAGGUUUAGAUUCUCGGGCUCCUCUUCACCAUCCUGGUCGUUGAAGAUAUUUUCGAGUGGCAGUGCAUGGUCUGAAGGCUCCCGCAAUAGAAGGAGCAGCCGGAAUCAGAGACGUGCCAGCGACGAAAUUCCUGUGAGCGGACGUACCAUCACCAACGCUCAAUCUGCCGAUAGCCUACGCGUAAACGACUUUCAAACGAUGGACCCUAGUAUGAACGGUCUUGAGCCGAGGUUCACACAUAGUAGCCAUGGUAACGAGGAUGCAGGCUAUGAGUUGACGAUCAUACAGAGCAAUAUCGGCGCUCCAGAUGCACCAACAGGUAUGCCGUAUCCGUACCAUGCGUAUAGCAGCCUAGAACAACGAAAGACUUGA